GAAGAUGCGUCAGGGAGCCGUACGGCUGCUAUGCGGUGACGUCACGACGCAUUAGGUCUUUCCUUGGGGCUGGUUCACAUGUGGCCGUUAUGGCUGGGAAGUCGAAGACACGUAGCCUGCAGGUGUUUGACACGGAGCUGAGUGCUGAUGCGGUGGAGUGGUGUCCUGUUUCCUCGAGCCACAACAUCCUGGCCUGUGGAACCUAUCAGCUACAGCGAAGGGGGAAAAGGGUGUCGCCCCCAGCCGCACCGGUCGUUUUUGAAUUUCAGCAAGAGGAAUCACUGAGUCCACCACUGAUUGAACUGCAGCGCAUGGACACAGCUGCCAUUUUAGAUUUGAAAUGGUGCCAUGUGAUGGUUUCAGGGAAGGCAGUACUGGGAAUGGCAGCUGCUACAGGGGACAUACAACUGUACACACUGUCAGACAGUCAGGAGGGCAGCCGCAGUAUACAGAGCCUGAGCAGUUUGGAGGUGGGAGCAGAUAGGCUGGCUCUUUCGUUAGACUGGUCCACUGGAAGAAUGGACAGCAGUGACGUGCGGGUGGUGUGCAGUGACUCUGCAGGCUGUGUCAGUGUGCUCUCUCUGGCAGAAGGCACUCUGACAGCUCUGUCACAGUGGAAGGCCCAUGACUUUGAGGCCUGGAUCUCAGCCUUCUCAUACUGGGACAUGCAGCUGGUUUACUCUGGUGGUGAUGACUGCAUACUUAAAGGUUGGGAUCUCAGGGUCGGUCCCUCAUGCCCCACUUUCACCAGUAAAAGGCACUCAAUGGGUGUGUGCAGUAUUCACAGCAACCCACAUAGGGAACACAUCCUGGCUACAGGCAGCUAUGAUGAGCAAGUUUUGCUGUGGGAUGGCAGAAACAUGCGGCAGCCUCUCAGUGAGAGUGCCAUGGGCGGUGGAGUGUGGAGGCUGAAGUGGCAUCCAGCUCAUCAGCAUCUGCUGCUGGCAGCCUGCAUGCACAAUGGCUUCCAUGUCCUUAACUGCCAGGAGGCCUUGGAGAGCAGUGGCAGAGCUUGUCCCGUUGUAGCCUCCUACAUCCUCCACAACUCCCUAGCAUAUGGAGCUGACUGGUCCCGACUGUCCCUGGAGAAACAUGCUCCUUGCUCUCCUACCGCUGCAGAGCCAAAGGAAAGCCUCACUGAGACCAGAGGGCAUCUGAGGAUUCAGUAUGAAUCUCCCACUGCCAGCUUUGACGCUUCCCUGGAGGAUGAUGCUGGACGAUAUAUCCCAGAGGGUACUGCAGUGGCAUCUUCCACCCUUACUGCAGGCCCUGUCUCUAACCCAGAAGGUGAUGUCCCUUCUUUGACUUGUCUGCUUGCGAGCUGUUCCUUCUAUGACCAUAUGCUCCAUGUGUGGCGCUGGGACUGGACUCCAGAUGAGGCACAACAGGAAUCAGAGCAAUGUUAAUGAUGCUGAGAUCACACUAUAAAAAUAUCUCUCAUUAAAUUUUUGAAUGUACUGAAGUAAAGCAGAAGGUACAACACCAACGAUGAUAUGGGCAGGAUGUACUUAUUCCAUUCAGUCUUUAUCAUGAAGACAAGUCCCCUUCACUCUGGAAUAACUUGUCACAGAAUAUGCAGUUAGCAAAACCAUAUAUUUUCAUGACAGAUUUUUAUAAAUUUGUAUUUAAACCUAAACUGUGUAUAAUCUGCAUUUUAUAUCCUGUAGCAUCAAGAUCAGUACAACCAUUCAUUUGCAGCCCUUUCCUUUUAAGUACUUUGUGAUUGUGUAAAGGGAUAUUGUUCACAUGAAAAUUUGUCUUGAAGACCAGCACCAAAUUUUACACAUGGACUAGGUAUGCAUCCGCAUGUGUGUCUGAUGACUUCACUGAUUCUCAAAGUGAAAAUCCUCUUCUUUUGAACCCCUCUGGACACUUUGCGCUCCUGUUAAUGAUGUUUUGACAGGUUCUAUGCUUGAUGAUGUGAUUUUAGUCCAGACUAGCUGGGUGAAGACUGGUAUCAAGGCUCAGAUGUAAAGAACCUCCCAUAGAGAACCCCUUUUUUACAUUUGAUAAGUCUUACAUAACCCCUCUACUGCUCCCCAAAACUCUGACAUGGCAGUCUUCGCCAUAUGUUUUUAGAAGCUUCAUCACAGUUCUGUAUUAAAGUGUGCAGGGGCCGCUUGUUGUGCUGGCUACAUUCAUUACACUUUCUGGCCAAUAAAGAUAUAUUGACUUCUGG